AUGGAAGAGUUGUUAAUUGACGUGACACGUGGGCGCGUAUUUACGUUUGUGGGAGUAUUCUCAUUAUUGGUUGGGCUCUGGAUGAUGUUUGUGGCUAGUCAACGGUUUAGGAAUGUUGUUAUUUUCGGUUGGACGUGUUUUGUACAGCCGUUAGUAGAUCUGGCAAGCGGGUAUGGGACUGGAGAGCAGCAGGAGAAGCUGGAGAGGUUUUAUAGUAGGCAGGCCGGGGGGUACGAUUUUACUCGGGAGUUUCUGUUAAAGGGGCGGGAAGAAGCGUUACGGUUGUGCAUUGGACAUUUGCGUAGUCGUGGAAGGGAACGAGAUUUAGUUUGGGUUGAUGUUGGUGCAGGUACUGGAUUGAAUGUGGAGAAGAUGUCUAAGAUGACUGAUUUGGGGAAGACGUUUAGGGCGGUUUACUUGGUUGAUUUAUCUCCAUCUUUGUGCGAGAUUGCGCGGGCGCGAAUUAUUAAGAAUGGUUGGAAGAAUGUGCAUGUAGUUUGUGCAUGUGCUUGCACAUUUUCUGUUCCUGAGGAUAGUGUUGAUUUGAUUACAUUUUCAUAUUCUUUGUCGAUGAUUCCGUCAUAUUUUUCUGCCAUUGAUAAUGUAGCCAAGGUGUUAGAUCCCCAAGAGGGAGUAAUUUGUUCUGUGGACUUUGGAGUGCAAUCUAGUCCGACUUCUACUGGACGGGUUAACACCCUUGGCGGUAUGCUAAAUCGCAAUGUUCCAUGGAUUUAUCGGACUUUUUGGAGGGUUUGGUUUGAGUUUGAUAAAGUGUUCUUGGAUCCUUCUAGAAGAGAAUAUUUGGAAUACAAGUUCGGGACUGUGAAAUCUUUAAACUUGUGUAAUAAAAGUCUGGGAAGAAUUCCAUACUAUAUAUGGCUUGGUGUGGAUAAACAUAAAGAUUCUCGUUUACAAAGGAGGUUUAAUAGUUAUGAAAUAUCUUCUCCAUAUUUGGCGCCAAUAGGAUCUGCAGAUAGUUAUACUUCUGUUGCGUUGCCAAAUUCUGUACUGCUUGAAAACAAUACCAAGGGCUUACCAUUCCCCUCGCUGUUUUAUCAGAAAGAAGUAUGGAGGGUUUAUUAUGAGGAAUACAACCCGCUAUAUCUUCAGUUCAAGGAUCAGUACAUAUACGCAUUUACUUGGGAGGACCCUCGCGAAGAUGCUAAACUUUUAAAUUUUACUUCCGAUGAUACUGUCUUAGCUAUUAGUAGCGCUGGCGAUAACUUACUAGCGUAUGCUUGCUUGCCUAAUGCUCCAGUGAAGAUACAUGGUGUUGAUUUAAACCCGUGCCAAGGACAUCUCUGUGAGUUGAAGUUGGCUGCCUUGAGGAGUUUACCGUAUGAUACCGUUUGGAAGCUCUUUGGAGAGGGUAAAGUAGAGAACUUUAGAGACUUGUUGUUGGACCGCAUGGCACCUCAUUUAUCCUCCAAUGCCUUUCAAUACUGGAUGAAGUAUGGAGAAAAGACUUUUGAUCCCAACGGAAAUGGUCUAUAUGAUACCGGGUUCACGAAAUGGGCUUUACGCCUGGCAAGAGUUCUCUUUUACGUUACUGGAAUAACAGCGGACAUUGAAAAAUUGUGUUCAGAGACUUGCUCUUUAGAAGCUCAAAAGGAACUUUGGAAUAGCAAAAUCAGACCUAUCCUAUCCAACCGGAUCAUCAGUAAAUUGUUAAUUGGUAACCCUAUGUUCUUAUGGAAAGCACUUGGUGUUCCAAGAAAUCAAGCCAACAUGAUCAACACCCCUAUUCUAAAUUAUAUCGUUGAUACUUUGGAGCCAGCAAUUCAGAAGUAUUCGAUAGCUAGUGAUAACUAUUUCUACUAUCUCACUUUGAAAUCUUGCUACAGUCCUACUAACUGUCCGGAUUACGUAUCUAAGAAAGGCUAUGAAGCAUUGUCCAAGCCUGAAAAUUCACCACUAGAUGGCAUCAGAUUACACACUGAAACUUUAAACGACGUCUGCCACAAGUUAACCAAAAGUACAGUAACAAUUGCAGUCAUAAUGGAUCACAUGGAUUGGUUUGAUCCAGAGGGAAAGGAUAUAGUCCAGGAGAUAGACGCCUUAUGGAAUGUCUUACGUGAAAACGGCCGUAUCCUAUUACGUUCAGCUAGUAUGAGGCCAUGGUACAUUGAGAAGUUAGAACAACGUGGAUUCAUCUGUAAUGCAGCUGCCACACGCCAUUCUGGUACUAGCAUUGAUAGAGUAAACAUGUACGCUAGCACUUGGAUUUGCUCCAAGGUUGGAUCUCAUAGGAUGAACUCCUUAGACCUGAAAAUUUGA